ACAUUUUCGAGCAUAUCAGAGGACUGAGGGCCGAUACUUCCGCUAGCUACUCAGCGUUUGUGCCCAGCGGUCCGGUGUUGGGCAGUGAGACUCAAGAUAACCUUUAUCAGAAAGGAUGGAGUUGGGGAAAGGAAAACUGCUCAGGACUGGACUGAAUGCAUUGUAUCAAGCAAUACACCCAAUCCAUGGCCUUGCCUGGACUGAUGGGAGUCAGGUAUUCCUAACGGAUUUACAGCUUCACAAUGGAGAAGCCAAGUUUGGGAACUCCAAAGUCAUUGGACAAUUUGAACAUGUCUGUGGGCUGUCCUGGGCCCCAGCUGGUCCAACUGACAUACCUGCUCUGCUUGCUGUCCGCCACGAGAAGCAUGUCACUGUGUGGCUGCUGUGUCCCAGCACUAUGGAGACAAGCAAAUGGCUGAUGUCUCAGACCUGUGAGAUUAGAGAAUCACUUCCUGUCCUUCCCCAGGGUUGUUUGUGGCAUCCAAAAAAUCCUGUCCUGACUGUGUUGACUACACAGGAUGUUUCUGUUUUCCCUGAUGUUCAGUAUGACAGUUCCCGGGUAAAAGCAGACAUCAGCAUACUGAGCCACAUUCACUGUGCCUGUUGGACCCAGGAUGGCCAGAGGCUGGUGGUGGCAGUAGGCAGCAGCCUGCAGUCUUAUAUUUGGGACAGUGCUGAAAAGACUCUUCAGAAGUAUUCCUUCUGCCCAGUGUUUGAAGUGGACAGCCGCAUCUGCUCCAUCAGUGCAACUGUGGACUCACAGGUUGCUAUAGCCACUGAGCUUCCGCUAGAUAAGAUCUGUGGCCUAAAUGCAUCUGACAUCUUUGACGUUCCCCCUAAUGGUGAAGACCCUAAUGGUGAAGACACUUCUAUGUAUAAUUUCCCAGUUACUGGUGACGUGCCCUGUAUGGAUGAAGGUGCAACUGUUACUGAAACAAAUUCUGAAAUACCACUUUCUCCUUCAUGUUUAGAUCCUCUGGACCUCACUGGUAUGCAGUUCAGUCAACAUAACUCUGAGGGUAGUUCUCUUAUUUCUCUAGGAAAAAAGGACUAUCUGACAGGAACAGGCCAGGAUUCUUCACAUUUAGUCCUUGUGACCUUUAAGGAAGCAGUUCCCAUGAGCAGAAAAGUCACCAUUCCAGGCAUUUUGGUUCCUGAUCUAAUAGCAUUUAAUCUUAAAGCACAGGUAGUGGCAGUGGCUUCUAACACUUGUAAUAUAAUUUUGAUCUAUUCUGUCAUGGUAUGUCCUGUGCCAAGCAUCCAGCAAAUUCACCUAGAGAAUACUGAAAGACCAAAAGGCAUAUGUUUCUUGACAGACAAAUUAUUAUUGAUUUUGGUGGGAAAACGGAAAUUCAUUGAUACAGCAUUUCCUCCUUCUUCAAAGUCGGAUCAGUAUGACAUUCAUUUGAUUGUUAAAGAAGUAAUGUUGGAAGAAGAACCUUCAGCAACCUCAAAUGAAAGGCAGAGUGCCUACUCUACUUUCAGGGCUCCGUUAAAUAAAGCAGAUAGAAAACAGUUAAUUGAAGGUCUUUCCCCAGAUUUUUGUUACCAGAACACAGGGCUCUUCUUAACAGCUAAUACCAGUAGUCAGAGUGGAAGUCCUGGAGGAAAGCUUAUUGAAGAAAUCCAGAGACCUUUGUCCAGCAUCUGUGAUGGCCCCAUAGCCCCAGAGACACUCGACACUAAGCCAGUUAGCCAGUCAGAGACACUGCCCAAGCACAACAGCACACCCGACCACACCAGCACACUGGAGCCUACUAGUUUGUCUCAAAGACAGAACUUGCAAAGGGAAAAGGAAACUUCUCAGCUACCUAAGGAAGUGGAAAUUUUAUCUAGGAAACUCACCGAAAUGCAGCAAUGUCUUUCUGAACUCACACACUUUCUACAUAGUGGGAAGAAACCUUCUUCAGCGUAUCCACUCUUUCAGGAUCCUCCUUAUGUUCACAUUGUUUACCAGAAACUCCAUUAUGCAGGUCCUGUUGUUGAAAAAAGAGCGGUGCUUCUCUGCGACGACAAACUAAGGCUCAGUACAGUUCAGCAGACUUUUGGCCUCUCUCUCAUUGAAAUGCUGCAUGACUCCCACUGGAUCCUUCUCUCUGCUGACAACGAGGGCUUUAUCCCAUUAACUUUCACAGCCACACAGGAAAUAAUCAUAAGAGAUGGCAGCCUGUCCAGGUCAGAUGUCUUCAAAGACUGUUUGUCUCAGCCUGGAUCCCUGUCUUCUCUUAAAGUCUUUAAAGACCUUACUGUCCAAAAUUUAGUUAUCACUGGCUGUUCUAACCACUUAGCCAGUAUGGCCUGGUAUCUGUUUGCCGAGCAAACAGAUACCAGGCCAUACUCUACACAGCAGAGCAUUUGCUGUGUAGCUCUUCAGGAUGAGACUGUUACAAAACAAGGUCUGUUUUCCACUGUGAACUCUCGGCAGUGAGAUUCGCACUGCCGUCAGUGUCAGAUGGGGCACUUGCCGUGGUUUGCUCUGCGGCUUUCCCCCCUUUUCCCCUGGGCUGAGGCUCACUCCUUCGAUGGCUCAGAAAGUGCUUGUUUAUGUAUUCAUGACUGUGUGGUUUUAUCUAAGGGCAGAAUUCCCAGAACAAAACAAUAUUAUGGUGCCAUAUGGAUUGUUUUAUGGUUUCUCUGAGGCUUUGUGUUCCUUGCCCAAAGCUGUGUUGAAGUUGUCUUAGGAGCACUUAAAAGAUAGCCUCAGCAUUGUUAGAGGUCUAUUUUUCAGCUUAAAGAGGUUAGGAAGUGCUGCUGGAGAGCAUAUGCUCCAGAAUGUGCUUUUAACCUCAAAACCAGCAGGAAUCAGCAAAGCCCAAAGGAAGACAAAAACCCACUGACUUUUGCUCCCAGGGCUACCUGGAACAGGAAGUAGCUCUGAUGUCAUCUGACCUCCCAGGAUUUACACCUAUCCCUCUUGCCUCCUUAAAAAAUUCUGGCUGACAGAGGUCCAGAUACUCUUAAAAACUAGCCCUGGAUAAAUUUUGAAUGAAAUUUCAAGUAAAUGUAACCCCUCUGGGCUCUCUCUGCCUGAGGUUGUGCUGAUGCUACUAAUACACUGUCAAGCACAGGCAAGGCCGAAGGCGUGAUUUUGUAAUAUUGCCACUCAUGAUUUUCUACCCAAAGUGCUUUUUUUUCUUUCUGUUUUGGGAUCAUAAAAAUUUCCUAUUUUUCUCCUAGUAGUCACCUCCAUUGAUUAACUUGUCACUUUAAUUUUGAUAUUUUUCUUGUCCCUACUUUCCAGCCUUAAGAGACCAGCAUAGAAUCUGUGAAAGUAUUUCAGAAAGUUGGAAAUUUCACUGAAUCUGAGGUAGUUCUAAAAAGUACCAGUUUAUUAUAGUUAUGGCCUAAAGUACCAGUUUAGUGACAAGAGUCCCGAUUACCUUCAGAUGGACACACCAGUUCUCUCACCGCCUUUGGACAGAACACAGAUUUCAGUUACUGCAGCAUAACGGGUUGAUCAGUGGCUAGACAGAGCCCAUCUGCAGAUAAAUUAUUUCAGCCAUAGAAGCUGCAUGAGCACAUAUGUUUCUUUUCGUCCCCCUUUCCUUGAAAAUGAUCUAGAAAGAAAAUAUUUUGUACCCUUGGGGACUGCUGUCUGUUCCAGUUUAUGCAGAUGGAGCUGGGCUAGGAACGACGUGAGGGCCCAUUUUGUGGUUCAAAUGCAUUAGACAGCGGCUGGCCUAAUGGAAGGGGAGGCCGGUGUCUGUCAUCAGCUGCCGGAGAGUGAUAGCUGAGGACAAUCUGAGGCCUGGCUCCAUUUGCAAAAGAAGUGUCUGGGGUGCGAUGAAAUCACAACUGUCUUGAAGCCUGGAGAGGGGGCUAGGGGGUCCUUGAGUAGGAUCAGUGUGGGUGCCUGAAGGUGUACGUUAUAAUCUCCAUUUCUCAGGUCAAAAUCCUGUGAAUGAGUCUUCAAUAAAAUCAUGAAUGCUUAUU